UAAAUAUAAAAGCACAUAAAAAAGUUUGCAACCGUUUCUUCCAUUACCACUUUGGAAGAUACCAAAUCAACCAUUGCAUCACAUUUACAAAUAAAACUCCAAAUCCAAAACACCACCGCCACCACCCUGUCUAUUGAUUAUCAUAUUUAUUGUAAGCACCACCACCAACUGCUACUAUAACCAUCUUUUCAUCACUUUCACUCCCAUGGGGUCUAUCUCCAUAUCAUUCGUGCUGUUUCUUACCCUUUUCAUUCAGAUACAUGGAAGUGAUUAUCUUUAUCACCAGGAGUCGAGAGGCUUUGCAAAGAAUGGUUGUAACCUGUUUGAAGGAAGCUGGGUCUAUGAUGAUUCAUACCCUCUUUAUGAAACCUCACAGUGUCCCUUUAUAGAGAAGGAAUUUGAUUGUCAAAACAAUGGUAGACCAGACAAGUUCUAUCUCAAGUAUAGAUGGCAACCCACAUGGUGCAACUUACCGAGAUUCAAUGGUGAAGAUUUCUUAAGAAGGCUUAGAGGAAAGAGCAUCAUGUUUGUGGGGGACUCUUUGAGUUUGAAUCAAUGGCAAUCACUCACGUGCAUGCUUCACACAGCUGUGCCACAUGCCCAAUACACCUCUGUGCGGAGUGGUGAUCUCUCCAUUUUCACCUUCCCGGCCUAUGAUGUUAAAGUGAUGUUCUCACGCAAUGCAUUUCUGGUGGACAUUGUUGGUGAAAGUUUUGGUCGAGUCCUGAAACUUGAUUCAAUUGAAGCCGGCACAACAUGGAAAGAAAUAGAUGUGUUGAUAUUUGACUCUUGGCAUUGGUGGCUUCACACAGGAAGAAAACAACCAUGGGAUUUCAUUCAAGAAGGGAAUAGGAGAUUCAGAGACAUGGAUCGCUUGGUUGCAUAUGAGAAAGCAUUGAAUACAUGGGCCAAGUGGGUUGAUGACAAUAUUGACCCUACCAAAACAAGGGUAUUCUUCCAAGGAGUCUCUCCAGAUCAUCAAAAUCCAAUGCAAUGGGGUGAGCCAGGAGCAAACUUUUGUGAAGGGCAAACUAGGCCAGUGUUGGGAUUGAGGUACCCAGGAGGUUCACACCCAGCAGAGUUGGUCUUAGAAAGAGUGAUAGGAACCAUGCAAAAGCCUGUGUAUUUGCUGAACAUUACUACCCUUUCACAGCUAAGGAAAGAUGGCCACCCUUCUGUUUAUGGACAUGGAGGACAUAGGGACAUGGAUUGCAGCCACUGGUGCCUAGCUGGUGUUCCUGACACUUGGAAUGAGCUUUUAUAUGCUAGUUUCAUUCAAAUUUAAGUUUUAGUUACUGCUUAUUACAAAUAAAAUGGGU